UAAUUAUCUCUCUCCCUCUCUCUCCUGCUCUCUCUCCAUCUCUCCUUCUCUCUCUACCUCUCUCUGUCUUUCUUCCCUCCCUCUCUGUCAUUGUCUUACCCCUCACAUACAGUGAUCUCCAACAGUAGACUAGCUAGGUUUCCAUCCAAUUGGUGACAGAUUUUCAUUCCAAUACUCUAAAAUCUGCAUAAAACAAUAUGCCCAUUUUCCCACCAGAGAUGUUUCCAUCAAACAGACUUUUUGCAGAUGAAAUGAUGUGCAUGAUGAUGUAGUGCACAUGAAAACAACUUUUUACAUUCAUUUCCCAUGUACCAUCAUUCAUUUCCCAUGUACCAUCAUUCAUUUCCCAUGUACCAUCACAUUUUCAAAUGUACUGAUGGUUUUGUCACAAAAACUGUUGCAUUGUAUAGAAAAUGUGUCCACUCUGGUCUUGGCACUUGUGCUCUAGCCAACAGCUGGCUGAUACAGUGGGCAGGCUACCUACAGUAUGAGAUUAUUAUUCAUAAGAGUGAUCAUCAUGUCACCAGAAUAAGAACCUCAAUAAGUAUUGGAAAGGAGCAUGAAGCUCAUCACCGUGCACUUUCACCACCCUGUGAAGUUCAUCAUAACUUAUUUCAUCUGUAGCCUAAUAAACUGCAUGCUUCCUCGAGUCAUAGUGGGAGGGCCACACAACAUAUCAUCGAUAUCAUGGUUAUUUUCACUGCUAUUUCUCGCAUAAUUAAUUUUACAGACAAAAAGAUCCCAACAUGUCGAAAGAACAAAUUGUCUGCCGGCAUUUAUAAAAUUGUACCCUCAUUUCAUGUUUCCAUCAGCCCCGCCUGGACUUUUUCCAUGCGUCAGGGUUGGACCUAUGCCAUAGACUUCCCUGCCACCUACACCAAAGACAAGAAGUGGAACUCAUGUGUCCGUCGCAGGCGAUGGAUCCGCUACAGGAGGUACAAGGCCACAGACACCUGGGCCAAGAUCCCAUCAGAGGGUCACAGUGGUCCCCUUCCAGACCCCUUUAAUGACAUCAGCUGUGGAGGCUGGGAGAUCAGUGAGGAGCCCAGGGGGAGGUUGUCUCUGUGGGCCGUCUCUCUACAGGGCAAGGUGUGGUUUCGUGAGGGUAUCCACCACCACAGCCCAGAGGGGGAUGGCUGGGAGGAGGUGUCUCUGCCUGGGGAGGUGGUGCAGAUCAGCUGUGGUCCAGGGGACCUUGUCUGGGCCGUGCUCUGGGAGGGACAACUCAUCGUCAGGGAGGGCAUCACCAGAGACUGCCCACGAGGCUCCUCCUGGGUAGUGGUGGACUCUCCCAACCCAGAGGCCGGGGCCAUCCACGUAGCUGUGGGGGACAACGUAGUCUGGGCUGUCACCAAGGACAACAAGAUAUGGUACAGACGUGGCAUCAACUCCUAUAACCCCCGUGGUUCAGGCUGGAUCGGGAUGAUCGGGGAGAUGGUCAUGAUCAACGUGGGUCUCAACGACCAGGUGUGGGGUAUCAGCUGUGAGGACCGAGCAGUGUAUUUCCGUCAGGGUGUGACCUCCAGUGAGUUGAGUGGUAAAGCCUGGAAGGCUGUCAACGUGCCCCGAGACGGAGACAUCAGGUCCCACUCCUCCGCCAGCAGUAGCAGUCUGCACAGUGCUGGUUGUUUCUUCAGUGGAGAGGUGCGAGCACAGUCUGUGAUGAGUGAAGACUCAGACACAAAGAACGGUCCACAGAGGGCAGUCCUAGAAGUAGGGGCCUGUCCCUCCUCCCCUCCCCCCGAUCCCCCUCCCGUUGACCCCGACGCCCCCAAACCACGCAUCCCCAAGGUCACCAGCGACAGCUUCAUCUCCGAGAUGCUCUCUGACCGAAAGGUCAAACGGGAGGGGCCCACCACUGCCGUCACCGCCGGUCCCUCUAUCCCAGAAGAGGAGGCCUCUCUUCGGGAAGCAGAUGCCAAGUCCCCCCCUCUGGCCCUGGUUCUGUCCCCCAGCCUGUCUGGAGGGCCUGGGGACCCCCAAUGGAGUAACGUGGACCUAGAAGAGACCCAGACUCACCUGGCUGUGGGGCCUGCUGGGGUGAGAGGGGACACGGCUGACACCUGUAGCCUGUCCUCUGUGGCCACCUACACCCUGUGUCAGGAGGAGCCGUAUGGGGCGGAUGAACAUCCACUCUGGGCAUGGGUCAGUGGAGGAGGCUGUGGUGUGGACUGUCACUCCCAGCUCAACUGGUUCAACUCUGCCACAGCCCUGUCAUCAUCAGUCCAGUCCAUGAGUCUGUCCAUCAGUCCAGCCCAGACAGCUGCCUGGCGGAAACAGAUCUUUGAGCAGCUCAGCGAACGCUCCAAGAGAGAGAUGGACAACUUUAAACACUACGAACAGGCCAUAGAACAGUCCCAGUCUGUAUGGGUGAAGAAAGGGGCCAUGCAGUGGUGGAGGGACUGGAAGCCCCAUAAGUGGGUGGACGUGAGGUUUGCCCUGGAGCAGUUCUCAGGACCAGAGGGAAACCAGGAUGGCAUUCUCUUCCUCUACUACAACUUCAACGAGGAGAAGAAGUACCUGCAUGCAUUCAUCAACGAGGUGACUAUCUUGGUGCCGGUGCUGAAUGACUCCAAACACACGUUUGCCGUCUACACAGCAGAGAGGACCAAACAGAGGUGGCCUAUCAGAUUGGCUGCUGCCACCGAGCUGGAGAUGCACGACUGGCUGGCCCUGCUGAGUGUGUCGUGCUGUGACUCCCGGGGGAUCCAGGGUCCCCCCUCUAAACAGGCCCUCUGGUCAGUCACCUGUAAAGGAGAUGUCUUUGUCUGUGAGCCUUCACCUAGCCUGGAGGCCUGUCCCUACCCCACACCCUGCGACCAGAUGUUCUGGCAUCAGGUGGGGGGCCACCUGCGUCUGGUGGAGUGUAACAGUCUGGGGGUGGUGUGGGGGGUUGGCUACGACCACACUGUCUGGGUCUACACUGGCGGCUAUGGAGGGGGAUUCUUGCAGGGUCUGGCCAGCAGCACAGAUAACAUCUACACCCAGACAGAUGUGAAGUGUGUCUACAUUUAUGAGAACCAGAGGUGGAACCCAGUCACAGGAUAUACCAACAGAGGCCUCCCAACAGACCGUUACAUGUGGAGUGAUGCAACAGGACUGCAGGAGUGUACCAAGGCCAACACCAAGCCUCCAUCCCCUCAUUGGACAUGGGUGGCAGACUGGGCCAUUGACUACGGUAUCUCUGGAGGGACAGACAGAGAGGGUUGGCAAUAUGCAGCUGAUUUCCCAACGUCGUAUCAUGGCCACAAGACCUUGAAGGACUUUGUCCGUCGUAGGCGAUGGGCCAGGAAGUGUAAACUGACCACCACAGGGCCGUGGCAAGAAGUCCCACCCAUCCCGUUGAGUGACGUGACCAUCAUCCCUUGUGGAGCUCAGAGCAUUGUUGAACCGAUCCCUCUCUGGGCCAUCAGUAACAAGGGAGACGUGCUCUGUAGACUGGGAGUCACCCUACUGACGCCUGCUGGGACGUCAUGGCUCCAUGUGGGCACAGACCAGCCCUUUAAGUCUAUCUCCAUUGGUGGGGCCAACCAGGUGUGGGCCAUUGCCAGGGAUGGCUCUGCCUUCUACAGGGGCUCCGUGACCGCACAGAGCCCUUCAGGAGACUGCUGGUACCACAUCCCCUCUCCAGUCAGGCAGAAGCUCCAACAGGUGUCUGUAGGGAGGACGUCAGUCUACACAGUGGAUCAACAUGGUAACCUGUGGUUCAGACAGGGCCUGACUCCUAGCUGCCCCCAGGGAUCGUCAUGGGAACACAUCUCUAACAAUGUACGCAAGGUCUCCGUAGGACCUCUGGACCAGGUGUGGAUCAUAGCUGACAAGGUGCAAGGCAGCCACAGUCUGAGCUGUGGGACAGUCUGUCACCGUCUGGGGGUUCAGCCCAUGGAGCCAAAGGGACAGUCGUGGGACUAUGGCAUCGGGGGUGGCUGGGACCACAUCACUGUGAGAGGGAACUCCUUCGAGGCUCCCCGUGUCCGUAUGCCCUCCCUGACACCCUCCCUUACCGCCUCCCUGACGGACCCCCUCCGCACCCAUCCACCCCGCAGACCGCUCUCCUUCAGGAACACAGAGGAGAACGGGAACGCUGUCAGGUGUUAAACACACACACACAUAGAGUAUUUGCCAGUGGACACUGUAUCUCUGUUCUGUCUUCAGCCCAACUCUCGCUACAAAACAAAAGCCCCAAUGCAACUACUCCACCAUCCACACUGUACUGUAGCUCAUGGCUCCAGCCUCACCCUCUAAGUGUCUGAAGUCAAACUCUUCUUCUGUCCAAUCACCUGGUUGUGUUCAAUUACUUUUGAACCCUAGCUCUGUGCCCUCAGCUUGACUCAGCCAAUCACCUUCUCUCUUCACAGCUAGCAGGUCAUGUUCAACAUUUCCCACAUAGAGCACUAGUCAUUUUUAAACUGUGUGACUCAGUCUUCGAACAUUGCAUCAUCGUUAUUUAAAUCUGUGGUCUUAAGAUAACUUUUUGUUUUAUUUAUUGUUAUUGUUUGGUUGAAUGUUUUUUUUCUGUGUGUAGGUGUAUACAGUGCUGUAUGUGAAUAGAUGUUUUGUUUAUGUUAUAUUGUUGAUAGGUUUAACUUUUUAAAAUAUAACGUAAGAAGUGUUUUCUGGGGUAUUCAAUGUUAUUGGGCCGAUGUAUGAUUCUGUGAAGGUGGGCGAUGUAUGAUUCUGUGAAAGUGGGAGAUGUAUGAUUCAGUGAAGGUGGGCGAUCAGUAGUUUUGACUGAUUCUGUUCCAAUAAGUUACUAUACUUCCUACUUUGUACCUGCUGGUAACGUAGAGAUUCCACUGGAGUCACAACAAAAACAUUAAGGGUUUAUUUACCGAGAAUAAUUUAGGUCAUGAAUCCUUUGAUAGCACAUGGCGCUUUUACAGUUAUAUGCCUUUCCCCUGAAUGGUUUGUAUCUGUGAUGGCCACAGUGAAGAGUUUGUAUGUCCAUGUUCCUAGGGGGACAGUUUUUUCCAUAGCAUUUUUGUGUUACUCUUGAAAAGAAAGUACAUAUUCUUAUUUUCAUUAAAAAAUGUGAAUUGCUUGAAAAAUGAUGUCUUUGAAAGGCUUAAAAGUUCAUUUGUUUGUUUCUCAGGAAAAUAAGAGUUUUAACACUAUUAUCUGCAUAUUUUUCACCUCCUAUGAUUUUAGCAGUAAUGACUGGCAGCCAACACACGUGACUGGCAGCCAACACACGUGACUGGCAGCCAACACACGUGACUGGCAGCCAACACACGUGACUGGCAUCCAACACACGUGACUGGCAGCCAACACACGUGAAGGGGUUGGUGGAAAGAACAUAUAUAUAUAUAUUUUUUAUAAAUCUUAAUACGAGUAUAGUAUAAAUGUUUUCAUUGUGAUAUUUCAAGGUUGGGUUAUUGUACAUUGAUAUAUAAAAAUCAUAAAAUAUCAGUCAUAUUAAGUCAUAUGAACUAUUAUCUUUAAACCACAAAGGCUGAAACUAUCAUGUUUGGGCAUUCAUUCAUCUUACUGCGGUAACUGAAAGAUGAAGAUCCAAUAGUGACUGAUAUACUGCAACUACAAAUCAUUAAUUGUCCAGAAAACUGUAUAUCUGUGAAUACUGUCACUUUAUCUUCCUAUGGCAGUUCAUAAUACAACAAGUGUGUUGUUUGAUAAUGACGCUGAGUACAUACUGCUGUUACUACAGUACAGGACUUAUCCUAAAGGAGGGACACAUUACACAUAUAGGUUGGGAUGUGAAGGGGGUACACCAUAGCAUGAAAAUCACAAGUCUAUCGGACUUUUCACUUGAGGAUUCCAUUGCUUUUGUUGAUUAUGGUGUAAAAUAGAAUACUAUAAGCCGGUACUGUUCCAACUCCAACAAGGGUGUUAUUGAGCUAUAUAUUUCUUCCUUCUAAUAGUGUGCAUGGUCAAUGUCCUCUCAAUAAAUGUGAUUAUUGAUAA